CAACAAGGUAUGAAUGCCCCGGAACCUAUUACAUUAGGGUCCCCAUAUCUGCGGGAUCAAUAUCCGCUGAUUCACUUGCCCAGGCUUUUGAAAAUAUUAAAAGACAAAUCCUAGAAAUAUGUUUCUUAAUGGGACGUUGCCAGAACGGGCCGUUAGAGGGAGCCAAAGACCAUGCUAUGUGUGGUGUUCACUAUCACCCGCAUUUUCCAUUAUCCGCGGGGGUUUUGGAACCCAUUCCCCAACUGAUGGGGUUCCCACUCGCUGUGAAGGAUGGGCUGCCUGCGCAGCAUCCCUGCAACAAGACUGGGGUGAGGCGUCCCUUCCUGCACCGACCGGCAACAAAAGGCGACCCUGAUGGUGGGGCCCCCAGAAACUUGUGCUGCUAUAAGUCCUGCUGCGAUGCCUCUUGUCAGCUGAACUGCACCUGGGAGGCAGCCAGACAUGAUCCAGAAACCAGCUACAAACUCAUCUUCCAGUAUCAUGAUGAUAAGAAAGGUGAGAACCGCCAGAGUUUUCAGGCUAAAGGACGGACCUCCCUGGUCAUCAAUCAGAAUAAUGUUUACGCCUUGAAAAAAGUAACCGUCUGGGUUGAGAGCCACUCUAGGGACCGUCCUCCGCUCCAGUCUGAAAAUCAAACACUGCUGAUCAACGAGGCCGUGAAAAUCGACGCGCCACCAGCCCAGUCCAUCAGUGUUUCUCGAUCCAGAGGCAUCCUCACCGUCCGAUGGUUUGAAUCCCACCAGUGUGACCGUUUGCCCAGGAUGGCAGAGGUCAGGCUGAGGCAGGAGAACGUGGGCAACUGGACCCUGGAAAACUGUACAUCAGAGAACGAUGAAGGAGCCCAAGAGAGAAUCAAAGUGACGUGUGACAUGGGGAAAAGCUGGGCAUAUGAAAUGCAGGUUCGAUACCGGACUUCUCACUGGAGCAGUUACUGGAGCGACUGGAGUGAUACUGUUUUCGUUCCUGCAGAAAUCCUCCGAAGUCCGAGAGUGAAUUGCACUGUGGGGCGCCUCGGGGAAGAUGGGCUAAGGAAUGUCACACUGGAAUGGGAGAGUCCCGGCGCUGAGCAAGGGGAGGUGAGCUACACCCUGACGUUCGUCCUGCUGCCCUGCCAGGAGUGCCUGUCCGACUCAGUCUUCACGCACGCCAUGCGCCACCAAGUGGCCCACCGCGUGGCUCUUUCCGGGGCCGGCUAUAACAUUUCCCUGGAGUCAUGCAACAAAGUCAGCUGCGGCCCCAUCUCUUCCUUUCUUGUCCCACCAGCAGUGCGGGACACAGGUCCCGGGGCCCCGAACGUCACCCUCUCGGGCAAGCACUUCAGCCUGCAGUGGCGAGCGAAGGCCGAAUUGGACGGGUUGUGCUUCGAAAAACAAGCCCUCGGGGAUCCUCCCUGGGAGGAGCUGCAGUGCAAGGAGGAAGACCUUGAAGCCAGCGACGAGCACCGACACUCGGGGGUGCUGGAGCCCAACCGGUGUUACCGCAUUGCAGUGCAUGGACGUGAUUCUGCCAGGAACGUCUGGUUAACAUUUGCACUGACACACCUUUUCCCCAGAAACACUUCUCGGGAAACCUCCAUCCCCGUCAAAGUCGUUAACAGGACGGCCACUUCCGCCCUCGUUCAGUGGACGCGCCCUCGGGGGAUCUCCGACUGCCCCGGGGUGCUGAAGAAAUACAUCCUCUGUUGCCAAACAGAGCCGGAGGGCAAGACCACCUAUUACGAGGCUGACGCUUCGGAAACCCAGCAUGUCCUCCCGGACCUGCAGCCCGACACCACUUACCGAGUCGGGGUCUGGGCUUCCACGGCAGGGAGCGAGGUGGGCUGCAGGGCCCUCAUCCGGUUCACGACCAGUCCCUCAGCUCUUCUCUCUCUCCCUCCAGAUGGUCAGCAGCUGCCUCUGGUCUUCCUGGGGGUCUAUGCAGGCCUUCUGGUGGCAGCCCUCGUCACCUUCCAUUUCUGGAAGAAAAGGCUGAAGGACGCCCUGUGCCCCACUUUGCCGGAUCCGGCCGAAGCCGAAGCCGUCAAGAUCCUUCCCGUUGCGGAGAUGGGCAGCCAGGUCUGUCCUCCGCGACGCUUUGUGGAGCCGCUGGAGUCUAGCCAUUCCACAGAACCGUUUGUGGUAGAUCCACGCACGGAAGAGGAGGAGCAUGAGGAGGACGUGAAGAUGGGCUCGCCCAAACUCGCCACAGCCGUGGAAGAGGCACCGUCCCCCACGGAGGACCCAUCUGGCUCUGGCAGCCCCCUGGCCUGUGAGUACAAGGAGCAGGGGCUUCUGAGCACCGUGGAAGAAGACCCACCAGGACGGGAAGGGACUGGAGAAUCGGAAAGACCCUCCAACGAAGUGGCCGGACGUGGCUGCCGAUCCCCGGAGUUUUGCUGAACCUGGAGGCCACGAGACCCAGAACCAGAGCCACUUCUGCCCCUGGCUGUGAAGCCAGGCGGGAUUCAGGCAACUGGCUGGCCAAAGGUGCCCCCCAUCACCCUCCGAAACAGAGGGUUGAGGUUCCCAGGACUAGCAGAAUCCUGGAGUUGGAAGGGGCAUGUAAGGACAUCUAGUCCAACCCCCUGCUCCACGCAACAGUCCAUAUCAAAGAAUCGCCCAGGGGUUGAGGGUCUCUCUGGCUGCAGAGCCAGAGGCUGGGAUUUCGAAUCCCCCACUGGGACUCCUGGACAGGGGCUGGACUGGAUGAUCUUGAGGGUCCUUUCCCGCUUGGCUGUUCUACAAUGAUAGUUAUAGUAUAAUCUGACAGGUGGUUAAUAUUCCCUUGAAGGCCUCCAGUGUGGGAGCCCCCCCACGCCGAGGUCAUGGGUCCCAUCGCUGUACUGUUCUAACAGUUAAGAAGUUUUUCCUGAUACUCGUCCAAAGUCUGGCUUCCAAAGAAAGUGUGCCAGAAGUGGAAAGGGGUAGAUUUCCAUUUCUCUUUUUUAAUUCCUCCCCUCCCACCAAUUACAGUAUAUUUCACCAUGGGAUAAAUACAUAAUUUUUUUAAAAAACCUA